AUGAAUCAAUUGCGAGAUCUUUCUGACUCAGAUGCAAACAAACUAUUAUCAGAUUUAAUAUCUCAAAAUGGUGAUCUGCAGCCUGAUCAUCUUAUUCUCGCUCUUUCUAGAAGAUUUUUCAGAAUUGCAGCUCAAAUUUUAUUAAAAGGCGUGAGAUCAAACCAAAUUGACCAGUGCAUUUCCGUCCUUUUACAUGCACCAAUAGAAUUCGAUGAGUCAUUUAAUACAUUUCUUGCUGCUUUGGCCUUAGAAAAUAUUUAUUUACCAGAAGUUAUCAGUUCCAUUCCAUCAGUAUCAGAAAAGAACAAACAAAUGCUCUUACCAAUACUUGCAUACCAUUUAAUUUCAUUCGAAGAUAAACCAAAUGUUGAAUAUUCCGAAAACUGGUUUGUGAAUGAAAAUAUUUUAUUAAACGCUUACCAGAACAGAGACACAUCAUGCUUAGCGUACCAAUUAAUUGAAUAUAUUCUUAGUUCUAAUUUGGAUAAAUUACGACCGAAACUUCGCUUAUUUAAUGCAAAUGUAGAAAGUAUUAACAUCCCUAUCAUACCACGCAGAAUUACAGAACUCACAAAAGCAGUUUCUUCCUACACAAAAAAGUUGACCAACAAAUGUUUUCUAGAAUCGUCAGCGAGCUUCAAUUAUACAUAUCUAGGGAAGUUGUUCCUAUUGCAAACGAUUUAUCGUCUACAGCUGCUUCUUUGCGUUUAUUUAACAAUUUAA